AUGACUUCCACCAAAUAUAUCAAACGGCAGGAAAAUAAAGGUGUUAAAACUCAACUUGCUCGAGGCAGCGCACCUUUUAAAAGAACACAGGAAAUAUUAUCAAUUGCUGUGUUUUUUAUACUUUGGAGUAUAAACGUAGCCUACUUAUUUAAGCAUUUCCAAUGGAAUCAUUUUGGAAGCCUCGUUAUUGGAAUAUUAAGCGGAAUUUUAGUUGCUGAUUUUGCCUCUGGAGCAGUCCACUGGGGAUGCGAUACCUGGGGCUCUAUCGACUUGCCAGUAAUCGGACACGCUUUAAUUCGCGGCUUCCGAGAACAUCAUGUGGAUGCAACAGCUAUCACCCGACACGAUUUUGUGGAAACAAAUGGAGAUAAUUUUCUCACUUCUGCUUUAGUAUUAUCGAAUCAGUUCUACAGAUUUUAUUAUCAAGACUCCAACGUAGCGAUGGACUGGAUAACACUUGAAUAUCUUAUCCUUGCCGUGACCCUCUUUGUAGCAUUUACAAAUCAAAUUCAUAAGUGGGCUCAUUCGUAUUACGGUUUACCGCCAUUGGUUGAAUGGCUGCAAAACCACCACGUAAUUUUACCUCGACAACACCAUAAAAUUCACCAUGUGGCUCCUCACGAUACUUAUUAUUGCAUAACAACGGGAUGGCUUAACUAUCCAUUAGAAGUUAUAGGAUUUUGGAAUAAGCUAGAGAACAUUAUUGAAAAGCUAACUGGCGUCGCACCUCGUGCAGAUGAUAUGAAAUGGACUAAAGCCAAUUGUGCUACUCAAAAUGGCCGAGCAAAAUAG